UUUAUCGAUAAAUCCACUGAAAACAACGUCGCGGAUCGCGCAUUUUUCCCCCGAGUUAAAAAAAUGAAUUAAUCACCAUUAAAUGCUGGUAAAAGAAAAACGGAAAUGUUACUAAUAACAGCAACACGAAAACGCGCAAGAAUGUGCGGUUGAACCACUGUGAUCCGUGGCAGCGACACGCAGAAAAGUAGCCACUGCGGCGGCGGCUAAAAGUCUAACACAAAAAAAAGAAGAGAAAAAAGGAAAAAAUUAAACAAGUUUUCGUGAUGCGGUGGCCGUUGGAAAUUUGCGUUUAAAGAGUUAAGGCUGCGCCCAGCCAGCCGCGAGAAAAAGUGCAAUCAAACAAUUAAAAAAAAAAAUGAUAAACAAAAUCCGCGAAGGAGUCGAUUUUAAAGCUGUAAUUGUGUCGUGAGAGUGAUGAGUGUGUGUGCGUGUUGUGAGUGCGUUUUGUGUCUGUUCUCUGUGUGUGUAAAUGACUGCUCAAAAGAAGUGCUGAAGUGGCGGCAGAGGUAGCAGCGACGGCAGAGGUAUUGUUAGCCAAGCCCAAAACGAACGCGAAUAAAGCUAGCAGUACAAAUUAAGUAUAUAUGAAAAAGUUAUAAACAUAAGAGUGUGAGCCAAGCAGUACUGCACUGAAACAGGAGCAGGAGCAGCGACAUCACAGCACACGCACAGGGAGCGGCAUCUUUUUUGGGGCUGAAGGCGCAGACGGACGGCGGACACGGCGCAAUGACCGAGGAAUUGAAAGUGGUGCUGCGACGCAGCGAACAGCAUUCCGGUUUCGGGUUUUCGCUGCUUGGAUCAACUGGACCGCCACAUGUCAUCUACGACAUUGUGGAGAAUUCGCCGGCAGCAGAUUGUGGAUCGGUUGAAGCCGGGGAUGUCAUCCUCAAAGUCAAUGGAACCGAUGUCCAUCGCUAUACAACGAAGGAGGUUCUCAAAUGCCUGCGAUUGUCCGAACAGUUGGUGACCUUGGAACUGAAGCGAGAUCCUAAGCUCAAGGCACGCAUUAAAGAGCAGCUGGCCAACACACAGAGUCCACACUAUGUGGAUAUUGAAUCUCCCAACAUCUACGACUACAGCAGCAGCCACAGCGCCAAUUCCUCACCCAACCAUCGUCCGAACAACAGCAAGGUAUCUUCUCCGGCGGCGGCCAGCGGACUGCGCUUCAAGUCGCCCACACACUUGCCAUCGCUGCGGCAGAACUCCUCGCCGCUGCUGGCCAGUGGAUCCACCACUACGACCACCCACACACACAGCCGCAAUUCCUCGGCCAGCUCCACAAAGAUAAAGGUGGUGGAGACCACCAUUCAGACGACAUCAUCAACCAUCACCACAAGUGCAGCGCCAACGUCGCCAACGGGCUCGGACGCCACCUCGCCCACGCACCGACCCUCACGCAUUCCACAGGCGCGAAAGUGCCCGGCGCCCAAGCCCGUGCCCGUGCUCCAUUCGCCACAAAAUAAGCGGCCACGCUCCUCGCAGAUACCCACAAAGGCAUCGAACGGCAACGGCAACGGUAACGGGAGUGCACACAACUCCCAGCUGCCACCGCAAUCGUUGCAGCACUCGAACAGCUACAGCGGCAGUCCCGUGACCCGGCCACGGAUCUCCACAGAGCGCGAGCCGGACACAGAGAGGGAACCAGAACCGAAUUCGGCGCCACCGCAAUCGGCGAAGGCGCCACGCUUUGAGGCUUUCAUGAUGACGGGAGAUCUGAUCUUGAAUCUGUCCAGGACACCACAGACCAGCAAUCACCUAACGACCCAGGCCAAGAAGGUUGACAGUCUGCGUGACUCGCCGAUUCGUCAGGCCAAUUCCCGGAUGAAUGGCGCCCUAGCGCCACGAGCAUCGGGAGAAUCCUCGCCCACAUCCUCUUCCUCGGUGGACUCGCCCACCAACACCAGCUCGGAUUCGGUGAAGCGUGAGGCGAAGCUGCAGCGCAAACAACAGCCGCAGCAGCAGCAGCAACAUCAGCAGCAGCGGGACAGCAUCAACAACAGCUACAACCGCAAGGAUUCGCUCACCAACGACACGCUGCUGAUGUGCGAGGAGCUGGAGCGCGAUGAGGAGGGCGAGUAUGUGCUCGAGGAGGACAGCAAGCAUCAGCGUCAACGCCAGCACCAGCAACGCUAUCGUCAGCAGCAGCAGCAGCAACGAUACGAGUACUACCAGAACGAUGACGAGCUGGACGAGGAGCAGGAGCAGGAGGUGGAAGCGGAGGCGGAGGCGGAGUUGGAGCGCGAGGAGGAUCAGACCCACUACGACAUCACCAACAUAGAGACGUACCAGAGCGGGAUGGGGCGUGGCGAUGAGGAUGACAGCGACCGCCAGUGCCUGGUCGAAGACGAUGAUGACGAUGACGAUGCCUACGACGAGGAGGAGAACGAUGCCGGCGACGAGGAUUACUCAACCAAUUCGCUGGGCUCCGGAUCUACGAAGCAGCGACUGCGCGCCCUCAAGCAGCGUGCCGCAACGCGACAACAGCAGCAGCGCAAUCGAGAUGCCGUCGAUUGUGCUGCCCGCAUGCCCGGCUACUCUGCCUCGGGCUCCACCUCGUCCACAACGGUCAAGAGUGAGGCGGCCGGCGGCAUGGGCAUUCCCAUGGGCGUGGGGCUGGGCGCAGCCAAUACCUCGCAGGACGAGACCUCCUUCUCAGUGCCAACAUCGCCCAUUUCGCUGUCGACACCCCUGAUCGACAAGGAGACGGCCAAUUCGGUGCCCACCAGCCCGGAGCCGAGCUCUUUGGCUCCCGAGUCGAGUAGUGGGGCUGCUGGUGUCGUUGUUGUGCGACGCCACCACAACGGGCAUGUGGUGCGCAAAUGCGAUGCCGCCGGCUUCCGCACCAGCAAGUCCGAGGAUCAUCUGCAGCAGAUCCAGCGCGAGGGCAUUGCGGCUGUGAUACCCAUCGACAUUGAUGAGGAUGUGAAUAGUUCACUCAAUACGCUGCUGGACACGCGUCAGGACUCCGAGGACUCGCAGUCGACGGCCACCACUGCAUCGUCGGUGGCUACCAUUGUACACAACUCGUCGGCGUUGAACAACAACGAGAACGAGAAUAGCCGCAACAACAACACUGCCGCAACAACAACAACAACAAUAGGGAACAACAAUAGCAGCGAGACCGAAAACGAGACCGAGAGCGAGUGCGAGGGCGAGGGCGAAAGCAGUGUAACGACAGCAACGACUGCCACGAGAACUAACAAGAAGAUGAUCGGGAGCAACUGCAGCAACAAAUUAAACUAUAUCCUAUGCAAAAAGGCAUCGGAUCGAGAUCGGAUUGUGUGGACCUAUAAUGCACCACUGCAGCCGCAUCAGCUGCAGCAGAUCCAACAGCAGCAGCAGCAACAACAGCUCCAUCAGCAACAGCAGCAACAAAUAAUAUUGCAGCAACAGCAACAACAGAAGCAGCAGCAACAACAACAGCAGCAGCAGCAGCAAUUCUACGGUCAGCAAUCGCAUUCAAAUUCACAUUCAAGUUCCAUUAGUUCGUCGCCGCAGCAUUCGGCUGCCGGCAGUCCUGCCUCCCCCACAUCAGUGUCCUCGUCGGUGAUGUCCUCGUCGGGCUCAAAGGGUGCCCUCGGUGCCAUGGGUGGCAAUGGUCAGGCAGCGGACCAGCAGCAGCAGCAGCUAGAGCAGCGAGAACAAGGCGGAACAGCCUCCCUGCAGCCGCCCUCCGGCAUGUCCGGUCUGCUAGCCUGUCCAGGGACUGGCAAUGGUGGUGGUGGUGUUGGUUGUGGCAACGAUCUGAGCGUCUCAGAGGCCAUUUCGAAUAUAUCUAGUCCCGACUACCAAGACGACGAUAACUUAUUGAGUUCUCGCGAUAUUCUAGGCGGCAUGGUACUUAGCGAUCCCAGUGACUCGGACUCCACCAUACUCGUCUCGGAUGGGGCCGCCCUGCAGCGCCAGCAGCUCAAGCAACAGCUGCGUGCCCAGCAGCAGCAGCAGAGGGACAGGGACAGAGAUCAGUCGGAGCACAAGGUGGUCAUCCAAGUGCGCGGCAUGGACAACAACGGCGGUGGCGGUGGCGGUGGCAGUGCGGCUCGGUCCGAGGACGAUGUGGUCACGCUGACGGAUGAGCAGCCGCAUACAACGAUGUCGUCGGGGGCUGGGGCUGGGGCGCAGGGCACGCGAGACGCCUCGCCACCCGUCUCCGAUGAUGGCAGCGAUGUGGAAUCGCUGCACUCCUACCAUUACUCGCCCAAGGCUGUGGACAUGCCCUCGGCCAUACGCCUGGCUAAAAGACUGUAUUCCCUCGAUGGUUUCAAGAAGAGCGACGUCUCCCGGCAUCUCAGCAAGAACAACGACUUUAGCAGGGCUGUGGCCGAUGAGUAUCUAAAGCAUUUCACCUUUGAGAAAAAGUCGCUGGACCAGUCGCUGCGCGAGUUCCUGCAACAGUUCUCGCUCUCCGGCGAGACCCAGGAGCGAGAGCGGGUGCUAGUGCACUUCUCGAAACGUUUUCUGGACUGCAAUCCGGGUACCUUCAACUCGCAGGAUGCGGUGCACACGCUGACCUGUGCCAUAAUGCUUCUGAACACGGAUCUGCAUGGGCAGAAUAUGAAUCGUAAAAUGAGCUGUGCGGAAUUUGUCGACAAUCUGGCAGAUCUCAACGAUGGCGAGAACUUUCCCAAGGAUAUACUCAAGUUGUUGUAUCAGGCCAUCAAAACGAAGCCGCUGGAAUGGGCGCUAGAUGACGAUGCGGGUGAUCUGCAGCAGCGGGGCAACAAUGCACUGGGAAAUGUUGGACAGAAUCCCUUCCUGGAUGCACCCGAAGUGGCCACCGCUGUGGAAUACAAGAAGGGCUAUGUGAUGCGCAAAUGCUGCUACGAUAGCAGCUACAAAAAGACUCCCUUCGGCAAGCGCUCGUGGAAGAUGUUCUACUGCACGCUGCGUGAUCUGGUUCUGUAUCUGCAUAAGGAUGAGCAUGGUUUUCGCAAGAGUCAAAUGUCCGACAAUCUGCACAAUGCAAUACGCAUACAUCACGCCCUGGCCACCAAGGCCAAUGACUACACCAAGAAGCAACAUGUGUUCCGUCUGCAGACAUCCGAUCAAGCCGAGUAUCUCUUCCAGACAAGCGACUCCAAGGAGCUCCACUCGUGGGUCGAGACGAUCAACUACGUGUGCGCCGCCAUUUCGGCGCCGCCACUCGAGGGCGGCGUGGGCAGCCAGAAGCGAUUCCAGCGCCCACUCUUGCCCAGCAAGCAGACAAAACUGAUGGUGAAGGAGCAAUUGGAGUCGCACGAGGUGCAGCUGGCGCAGCUGGAGCAGGAGCUCAAUGAGCACAAGAAGGGGCCGAUACCCAGCAAGGGCUUGCCACUGCAGAACUACAAGGAGAAGGAGAGCUAUUUGCAAUACGAACUGCGUCGCUACCGCACCUAUGUGAGCAUACUUAGCGCCAAAAUGCUAGCCGAUCAGCAGCAAUUGGAGCUGCAGGCGCUGCAGCCCACGCAGGCAAUCCUUGACGAAGAAGCCGACACAUUCCCUGUGGGCAACAGCUGCUCGCCCACCACGCCGCCAAGUAUUAACAUUCAGGAGCAACAGCAGAAGGAACAGCAGCGGCAGCCACAUUCAUCGAACAGGUACAGUCAGCAACCACGUGCUAGCGGCAGCAGCUCCUCAUCCUCCGGCGGCAAUGUCCAGCAGGACAUUGGCUGACGCGUAAUGGGAGUUUUCUCAGCUUGUGUGGUUUAAAGCGAUCGCUUCGAUCCAUUACUGUUUCCUGUUUCCCCGUUUUCCCCGCAAUUCUGUUUUGUUUUGUUACUUGUGUUGUUCGUUCCACCUGCCACCAGAAGAUAUCCCCGGUUCUCAGUGCCUUCCCAUUUGCUUUGGAAUAGGCUGUUCUGGGACUGUGUUUGCUGCGGUGUCUUCCUAUGUUGCUGGCGUUACUGCAAUGUUCUCACAUUUCUUUAAUUUCUCUAAUUGUGUGUGUCUGUAAAUAUAUACUGUAUAUUUCGUGUUGUGUUUUUUAUUCUUUUCGACGUUGCUUUUGAGUUUUGCCUUGCCUUUCAUUAUGGUCCCAACAUAUAUACAUAUGUACCAUCUUCGAUCAUCUCUAACCAUCUGUGAACUCUGUACAAGCUUUAAUUUUAAAUAGUUUUUAACUAUAACAAUAAUACAGAAUUCAGACUUGAGCGUUGCGUUUAGGCAAUUAAAACCAUGUGGACAUAAACAUAGUUCCCUAAUCUAA